AUGCUAGCAGGUCUAAACCUCAACCUCUUCGGCGCCCUCUCCGGCGCCUUCUCCUCCAAGCAAAAGAAAACUACGCAUCAGAAUGCUGAUGGGUCGAGUACUACGGAGGAGGAUAAGCACGAUAAAGGUACCGCGAGCGCAGCAGCCGGGGGCAGAGGAAGUGCAUACGCAGCGGGGAACGCACAGCAGAGUAGUUUGAAAGCGAAGGAGAGUGGGGUGACGCAGGAACAGAAGCAGGGGAAGAAAGUGGAGAAGGUUGAUCAUUUGGGGAUUGAGGGAUAA